AUGUUCCAAGCCACCAUCAGUUUGUCGUUCAUCGGCAUUGUUGCCACUGCGCCCAUUCUGAACACAACAUCUCCUGUUGUGUCAGAUAUUAUCGACGACUUUCCGGUUUGCGCAAGAUCUGCCAUGACUGAGAUGCUGAGUCUAGGCCCUACAUACGGCUGUGCCAAUGUCAACGGCAAUCCGGACCUUCACUGCAUUUGCAUCCAUAAGCAGUUCAAGUCGGUCACUAAGUCUCGCGUUCUCAGCAGCUGCCCUGACCCGGCCGACAUUGAUACCGCCAAGGAAGUAGCUACUCGACGCUGCGUAACCAAGCCGAGCUUCGUUGCUUGGUAA